AUGAAGACUUUCGUUGUGCGUUCGCUUUUGGCAUCUCUUGCUGCAGGCCUUGUUGCCGCGUCCAGCGGUGCCGUUUCCUAUGCUGGCUAUCAGGUUCUUCGUGUGAACACAUUGGGCCACCUAGCUGAGGUGCAGAAGAAGCUCUCGACUAUCUCCUACCAGCAGUGGGAGGAUACCGAUACCCACGUCGAUAUUGUCGUCUCGGCAGAUCAGUUCGAGAAACUCCAGUCGCUUGGCCUGAAGUACCGCACUCUGCACAAGGAUCUCGGAGACUCGAUAGAAAAGGAAGGCCAACGAAAAGCCUAUCGCAAACGUGAUAUCGAAGACCUGUCAUGGUACGAUGCCUACUCACCAUACGCCGAGCACCUGCAAUAUAUUGCCGAUCUCCAAGCGGCCUUCCCGAACAACUCCAAGCUGGUCUCUUCCGGUCGAUCGUACGAGAACCGCACAAUUCAGGGAAUUCAUCUAUACGGUGACGCAGGUCCUGGAAAGCCCGCGGUGCUUUACCACGGCAAUGUGCACGCGCGCGAGUGGAUUACCUCCAAGACCGUGGAGUAUCUUACUCUGCAGCUCAUCAACGCUCACAAGAACGCCACAAACACCACGCAGUCAGUCCUGAACCAAUACGACUUUCACAUCUUCCCCAUCGUCAACCCAGAUGGCUUCGUCUACUCGCAAGAGAAGGAUCGACUUUGGCGUAAGACUCGCACACCUCCCCCACCAGGUCAGAACCAAACCUGCUAUGGCACCGACAUCAACCGUAACUGGGAGUACGGCUGGGAUGCGAAUUCGCUGGGCGCAUCUACGAACGCCUGCGCGCAGGCCUACAGGGGUGAGAAGCCGUCGGAUACAAUCGAGAACCAGGGCCUUGAUGCCUACGCACGCAAGUUGCGCGACACUGUCGGAAUUAAGUUGUAUAUCGACUGGCACAGUUAUGGACAGUACAUCCUCUCGCCUUUCGGAUCCAAGGAAGAGUGGUACGCUCCCGAACUCGGCAAGUGGACUAAGACCGCUUCAGUCUUGAGCGAGACGAUCCGCGACAGCUCUGACAGACGCACGACUUUCACUUUCGGACCCAGUGGUGCCACCCUGUAUACUACCACUGGAGCUGCCCCCGACCAUCUGUAUGCUAUUGGUGGAGCUGAUUUCUCUUAUACCAUUGAGCUUCCUGACACCGGCGACUACGGCUUUGUGCUGCCUGCUGAGAGGAUCAGGGGUGCUGCAGAGGAACAAUGGGCUGGCCAGCAGGUAUUAUACACUCUUCUGGGUGAGGUCUUCUUUGAUGGACUUGGUCCAGCUUAG